AUGACUUCUAUCCUCAUCACAGGGGCGGCGGGGUUCGUAGGCCAGGAGUUGGCCGCGGGUUUUGCUGCAUUCUCCAAUAUCACCAUCACGUUGACUGAUAUCGUCGAGCCCCCAGUUCCUCCUACGGCUCAGAAAGGAGAGAAUGUCAAGUUCAACUGCUUGGCAUCUGACCUUACCUCUGCCUCUGCCGUUGCGUCCCUCUUGGCCAACCGCUUUGAUGCGGUCUAUACUCUUCACGGCAUCAUGUCCGGGGGUGCCGAAGCCAAUCUGGAACUCGGCCUGAAAGUCAACCUCGAUAGCCAGCGGCUCUUUCUAGAUUACCUGCGGAACAACCACCCUGGCACCGUGGUUGUAUUUGCAUCGUCCUGUGCUGUGUAUGGGCCGACAGAGCCGGGUGAGAUUGUCACGGAAAAAACACUACCACUACCACAGUCGAGUUACGGCACACAGAAAUACAUGGUGGAGGCACUGGUGAACGACUACAGCAGAAGAGGCCUGCUUGAUGGACGCAUAGUACGGCUGCCAACAGUCACAGUGCGCGCAGGAGCACCGACAGCAGCAACCAGCUCGUUCGCUAGUGGCAUCAUCAGGGAACCGCUCCGGGGUCAGGAGAGCAUAUUGCCAGUGAACCGCGAUCUCGAAGUCUGGAUCAGCUCUCCCGCCACAGUGGUCAAGAACCUGAUUGCGAUCAAGGACGUGCCAAAGGAGAAGUUUGGUCUGUUCCGAGUGGUGAACCUUCCUGGCAUCCUCGUCACCGUAAACGAGAUGCUAGACGCCCUGGAGCAGGUUGGAGGCAAGGAAAAGCGCGCCCUGGUGAAGGAAGAGCGGGAUCCAGCGACAGAGAAGGUGGUGUACAGCUGGCCAACCAAGUUCAAAACGCAGCGAGCAACCGAUCUUGGGUUGAGCGCAGACGUGCCUUUCCUGGAGACUGUUAGAGUCUUCGCUCAACGGGAAGGCCUGUUGUAA